UUCAUCUACAGCAGCCACUUUUGGAGCGAAAGAAAGUUCAAGAUAAAACGACUAAGGUGCAGCUGUAGGUUCCAUUAUUUCUGUGUGAAAACAGAGUGUCUCCAAACUUCAGAAUGAAUAAAUCAGAUUCCAAAGUGACUGAAGGGGGACUGAAUGUCACUCUUACAAUUCGCCUACUUAUGCAUGGAAAGGAAGUUGGAAGCAUUAUUGGAAAGAAAGGAGAGACGGUAAAAAAGAUGAGGGAAGAGAGUAGUGCAAGAAUCAACAUUUCAGAGGGGUCCUGUCCAGAACGCAUUGUAACAAUAACAGGCCCAACAGAUGCCAUUUUCAAGGCCUUUUCGAUGAUAGCACACAAAUUUGAAGAGGAUAUAAAUGCUUCAAUGACAAAUAGUACAGUGACAAGUAAACCACCUGUGACAUUACGUCUAGUAGUUCCAGCAAGCCAAUGUGGCUCUCUCAUAGGGAAAGGAGGUUCAAAGAUCAAAGAAAUCCGUGAGACCACAGGGGCCCAGGUGCAGGUAGCAGGUGAUAUGCUUCCAAACUCCACUGAACGUGCUGUUACUAUAUCUGGCACACCAGAUGCCAUUAUUCAAUGUGUAAAACAGAUCUGUGUGGUGAUGCUGGAGUCCCCACCCAAAGGUGCUACUAUUCCCUAUCGCCCAAAGCCUGCCUCUGCACCCGUCAUUUUUGCAGGUGGCCAGGCAUACACAGUUCAGGGACAGUAUGCAAUUCCUCAUCCUGACUUGACCAAGCUUCACCAGUUGGCUAUGCAGCAUACCCCUUUCAAUCCCCUUGGGCAGACCACCCCUGGUUUCCCUGCAGGACUGGAUGCCACUGGUCAAACCAGUUCCCAUGAGCUCACUAUUCCAAAUGAUUUAAUAGGGUGUAUUAUUGGCAGACAAGGAAGCAAAAUAAAUGAAAUUAGGCAGAUGUCAGGAGCACAAAUCAAGAUUGCUAAUGCGGCAGAAGGUUCCACAGAGCGACAGGUUACCAUCACAGGAUCACCUGCCAAUAUUAGCCUGGCACAGUACCUCAUAAAUGCAAGCUUAGAGAUGGCUAAAGUCAGCACCCAGACUGCUUCCGUCACGAACCCUGUUGACCUGAACGUGAACCUCUCUCAGUCUGCUACCCCUACCUCAACCCCCACCUCUGUGGCUGUUUUGGCAGCAGCAGCAGCUGCCUCCAUGGUUAACGUGAAUACCCCUUCCCCUUUACCAACACCCCACUAUGCCGUUCCUGUCUCCAGUCUGCUUGGCAUGAAAACUGUCCCGCUUCUGGCACUUAAUGCCACGGCCGCUACAGGGGGCCCAGGGAGUUUAUCUGCUUAUACUCCCAAAAUUCCAUCGACGAGUGGGGUUAAGAAAUCUGACCGGCAGAAGUUUGCUCCGUAUUGA